UCUCUAAGGUGCUACUGGAAGGAAUUUCUUUAUUUUGUUUCAACUACGGCAGACCAACACGGCUACCUACCUAUAACUAGAACCAUGCGUCCAGUUGAGGGAUCAGAGAGCUUCGAAGAGCUGUUCUUGAAUUUCACCAACGAGGAAUGGGCCUUGCUGGAUCCAUACCAGAGAGCUCUGUAUGAGGAGGUCAUGCUGGAGAUUCAUGAGAUGGUGGCGUCUCUGGGAGAUGUUUGGAGGUUCCGGAUUGAGGGGGACCCACCAGAAGUGCCACCUGAAGAAGCCGAGGAGCAGGAGGAGCAAUGGAAGCUGUGGGUUCAAGAUGUUACCAACAUACAAGAGGGGAACGAAACGCAAAAUGCGGGGAGGGAAUCCACUGCUUCUCAGAUUAACGAAAGCCAGAUAACUCUCACCGGAGAGGAACCUUAUGAAUGUUUGGAGCAUGGAAGGAACUUCAAUUGCAUAGACUACCUUACUUUUCAGGAAAGAUGUAAUACAGCAGAAAAACCAUAUAAAUGCUGGGUGUGCGGAAAGGGCUUCCGUCAAAGUGGUCACCUUAGUUUGCAUCAAAGAACUCAUACGGGUGAGAAACCUUAUCAGUGCAGGGAGUGUGGAGAGAGCUUUAGGCACAGUGACUCCCUCAUAAAGCAUCAGAGAAUUCAUACAGGGGACAAACCUUAUCAAUGUUUGGAGUGUGGAAGGAACUUCAGGCAGAAUAUCCACCUCACUAGACACAGAAGAAUUCAUACAGGGGAGAAACCUUAUAAAUGUUUGGAAUGUGGAAAGAGCUUUAUUCAGUGUAGUGUGCUCACGAGACAUAAAAGAACUCAUACAGGGGAGAAGCCUUAUAGAUGUUUGGAGUGUGGAAAGAGCUUCAGUGCUAAUUGGUCCCUUUCUAAGCAUAGAAGAACUCAUACAGGGGAAAAACCUUAUAAAUGUAUGGUGUGUGACAAGAGCUUCAGUUGGAGUGGUCACCUUACUCAGCACCUAAGAACUCAUACCAGGGAGAAACCUUAUAAUUGCUUGGAGUGUGGAGAGAGCUUCAGUCAUAGAGGUUCCCUUAACUCACAUCAAAUAAUUCAUAGAAGGGAAACACCUGAAGCUUGGAAGGUGGAAAUAUAUUCAGUGAUCUCAAGAGCUCCUGCAGAGAGCAAAUGAAAGAUUCCACUCAGUGUUAGAAUUCCCUUCCUUAUCGCCAGCUUUUACAAUAGACCGUUGCUGCUUCUGAAGCCUUUCGAUCCCAGUAUGCCUUCCAUUUUAGAGGGGAAAGGGGCUUUUGCUUUCAACCUGCUUUUUCAGUAUGGAAGCAGUUUGUGGCCUUUCUUCUGCAAGCCAGUGUGGGAAUUCGAGUGGGGGUUAGGAUGGAUAGUGGAAGAUUUAUAGGGAGGUUCAGUGCCACCCGUGAGGCAAGAGGUGGGUUGGUGGUCGUAGAGGAGAGUCAAGAUGAAGGCAGGAGAGGAGUUGCAGGAAGGCUCCUAAGUGGAAGAUAAGGUCCCAGAAAGAGUCCUGCCAUUGGACUCUCCUCAAUCCCCUCACCCACUGCCUCCACUUACAACGAGGGGCAUAAAGCAACAGCUACAAGGACCACCUCUUUCCAUAUGAACCUACCUGGACCCUGAGGUUAUCUUCUGAGACCCUUCUUCAUGUGCCUCCUCCAUGAGAGGCCUGGAGGAAGCAACACGAUAACAGGGCCUUUUCUGCAGCGGCUCCCCAUUUGUGGAAUACUUUCCUCAGGGAGGUUCAACUGGCGCCUUCAUUAUACACCUUUAGGCACCAGGCAAAAGCUCUUUAACCAGGCCUCAGGCUGAUUGACAUCCAAUCCCCUUUUAAAAUGUGGUUUUUUGGGGUGGGGUGGGGUUUUUGUUUUAAAUAUAUAUAUUGUGUUUUUAUAGUGUGAUUUUAUCCCAUGCGCUGUCUUGAGACCUGCGUGUAUAGGGCACUAUACAUAUUUAAUAAAAUGUUGAGUGUAAUAAUAAAUAAUAAUACCUGGAGCUGUCAUACAGGAUAAGUCACUGGUUGCUUGUGCACACCAGAUCAUGCAUGUUGGUUUAAUUUGAUAAAUGAGUGCUGUUGCACUAAUUUCUUGGUCCCUGUCUUGAGCCAGCUCUUUCCCCCACAUCCAGAUGUUGAGAGAUAGAGCACCAGGUGCACUGCGUAACCUAGCAACAGUCAGAGGCCAGAUGUCUGCCUCCCGACUCAUUCAUCCUUUAUCUCAGGAAUGUACGCAUGUGUAUUACUACAUUGCAUUCAGGUGGGGACAAGCUAUGAGAGUCUAUGAGCGGCUGUAUCAAAGUAAAAUAAUAAAAAAAUGUAUACAUAGAAAGCAUACCUGAGCCCCUUAAAGAGGCCAAGAAUCUCUAAAAUUCUGCAAGUUAAAUGUCAAAAGCAUUGUUGAAAAUAAAUAUUGCUGCCUCCUCAAAGUAGCCUCCUUUGGUGAUGGGAGCCACCACAAAAGUCCCAUGCUUGCCACUCCUCUGCACCUCGCUUGGAGGAACGCAGAGUGAGGAGGACCUCAGAUGUUCAAUGCAGGUUGUGGGCUAAUUCCUGAAGGAAGGUUUUAUAUGCUCAGAGCAUUAUGCACCAGUUGGCAAUCUGGCCGCCAGUUGCUGCAGCACCUGUAGUUUCUGAGCCUUCUUCACAAAGGGUCUCACGUAUAAUGUAUUGCAGAAAUCUAGUCAAGAGGUAGGUAGGAGAACUUGAGGUCUCUUGUGGGCAUGUGCCACUGGUAUAUGUUGGCCCCUAUUCGCACACCUUUCUUUAUUUUUUAACACUAGCAGAAGUGUUCCAUGUAUCCCUUGCUGAUGUAACUGAAUGCUUUGCCAAUAAAGAACUGAACUUCCUAUUGUUUGUGCACAUUGGCCUGGGCUCUGGAUUAUGAACAGAACAUUAUUUAAUUAAUAAUAAUAAAAACUUGGAAGAGAUUUAUUAAGCUGGAACGUUUGCAGAGGAAGGCAACCAGGAUGAUGAAGGGUUUGGAAAACAAGCCCUAUGAGGAGCGUAUGAAGGAGUUGGGUAUGUUUAACUGGGAAAAGAGAAUGAGAGGAGAUAUGAUAGCCAUCUUUAAAUAUCUCAAGGCCUGUCACAUGGAAGAGGGAAGAAGCUUGUUUUCUCCUGCUCUGGAGGCUAGGACUCAAAUCAAUAGCUUCAAGUUACAAGAAGGGAUUAUCGACUAAACAUUCAGAAAAACCUUUUGAUGGUAUGGGCUGUUCAACAUUGGAAUGGUCUCCCUCAGGAGGUGGUGGACUGUCCUUCCUUGGAGGAUUUUAAGUAGAGGUUGGAUGGCCACUUGUCAUAGAUGCUUUAGCUGAGAUUCCUGCAUUGUAGGGGGCUGGACUAGAUGACCCUUGGGUCCCUUUCCAGCUAUACAGUUCUGAGAUUCUGAUUUUAAUGCUCUUGCCUUUCAACUUGCUUCUUUUAUUGUGGAUUUGAACUACCGUAAGGAUGUUGAGAUCAAACUGUUAUUGUGCGUUUUAUGACAAGCUGUCACAGAGCAGGGGAGGGAGGUGAAGAACUGGUUGAUUCUUUUUUAUGAUUAUUUGGUAUAUUUUAAAAUGGUUAUUCAUAUCUUUAUAUUUUGACCAUAUGGGAGUUUAAUGCCUCUUUAAUCUCUUUAAUGGUAAA